AUGCCGGCGGGUAAACCAAUAAUGACGUCCAAACGAAAGCGCGACGAGAACGCCGAACGCAGAGUGAAGCGUCAACGUAUUCGCAAACGAUCGCGCAGCGAACCGUUAAUGAAUGAUCCGGAGAGUGCUGAGAAGAGGCAGGCGCUGAAACGUCUGUUCGGACGCAUUUGUUCCGUGGAGUUUGAUGAUACUCAUAAUCGCGCUUCAGAAGAAGAGGAUAAUUUCAACUUUCAGGAUUUUGCCGACGAAAACGAAGAUCCUCUGUUGGAUUCAGUGCCAGUUGAUAUGGACCCUGAGCAGCUUGGGUUCCUGGUGUGCGCUCAGGAGACACUGCGCUUCUUGCACGGGCGUGGCAUUCCGGUAGAACACCCGGUGUUCGCUCGUCUGCGCUCGCGCCUCUUGCAAGGGAUCGACGAGAUGGCGACCGCCUGA